AUGGGUUUAAUCAAGAACACAGUUCACUACUGUUGUGUCUCCAGAGACAAUCAGAUUCUUUACUCUUACAACGGUGGAGACCAAACCAACGAGAGUCUCGCGUCCUUGUGUCUUGAAAAGACUCCACCUUUCCACAGCUGGUACUUUGAAACUUUAGGUAAGAGGACUUUUGGGUUUCUAAUCGGAGAUGGGUUUGUGUAUUUCGCCAUUGUUGAUAAGGUUUUAGGUAGAUCUAGCGUUCUUAAGUUCCUUGAGCAUCUAAGAGACGAGUUUAAGAAAGCUGCGAGGAAAAAUUCCAGAGGAAGCUUUACUGCUAUGAUUGGUUCUAUUAAUGUUGAUGACCAGCUUGUACCUGUUGUUUCUAGACUCAUUGCUUCGCUUGAGCGUGUUGCUGAGGAUGCUAACAACGAUUUGAAGACUAAUAAUAACAAUCUCGGUGAACAAAGCGAAGCUGCGAAUUCCACGAAAGCACCACUUUUAGGGAGGUCAAGCAAGCAAGAGAAGAAGAAAGGGAAAGAUCAUGUGAUUUCACUUAGAGGUAUUGAGCUUGAAGAACACAGGAAAUCUGAUGAUAGAGCUAAUAGAACCGAGCGGUGUGAUGAUUCGUCUGCAGCAGCAACGUCGUUGCAGAAGGAGUAUGUACCGAGUAGAGGACUUCGUUCUGGUUCACAAAGCGUUGAAUUGAAGUGGCGGCGUCUAGUACAGAUUGUUCUUGCUAUUGAUGCAGCUAUUUGUUUGACUCUCUUUGGUAUUUGGUUGGCUAUUUGUCAAGGCAUCCAGUGUACGCGUUCAUGA